UCCCCCACCGGUGAUCCAUUUUUCACGUCAGCACACAUGCCAGCUUGUUAAUUGUGUAGCCUAUCAAUGUCAUCGUCCAUCCCAGUGAUUCAUUGUUGACAUCGUCCAAUGCCAGAGUGUGAGUGUGUUCUCCAAAUUAAAUAGAGUUUGGUACAAACAGUAACUGCAUUAGUUUAAAGGUCCGACCAGAAUCAGACUACUAUUUACUAGCACAGCUAAUGUUAACUUGAAUAUUUUCCUCAAACCGUGCAGGCCUACCUCAUGCCUGUCUGGUCUUACCAAAUAGUCACCAAAUAAUGAAGUAUUGCAAGUGGUAUUGUUAAAGAAUCGGAUCGUUAAGCAGUCUCGGUAAGGGUAUCAAAAGUUAAUGAUCCCUAGUGCUAAGUGUGUGUGUGUAAACCAGGUCUGCAUGCUGACGGCUAAUAAGCUAUGAUCGCUUCCUCCAUGACUCUCCGGCUGUCCGUCCUGUCAGAGCUCACCUCCAUCAGGUUCGCUGAAGUCGAGCUCGACUUGAAACCUUGGUGCAGAUUUUCAAACCUCUUUUUUUUUUUUCUCCUCCUGUGUGUCAGAACCAGCCAUCCUGGUGAUGCAUCACUCCAUGAAACCUCAUCCCACCAUCACUGCCACGCUGCUAGAGGGGGGGCAGCGUCUGGCUGCUCCGCUACCUCACCCCCUCCAUCUACACAGACUGAAUGUUUCUGUCUCGGUUCAGUUCCCAGAUGAGACGCUGUGGAGCAUUUAGCUGCUCAACAUGAUCGUAGCUGUCAGACUCCACACAGUUUAUUCUCUAGACUGGGAGACCUUCGAGCAGUACAGCACCUGGCAGCUGUUCCUGGCCCACAGCAUCCCCCUGCAGACCAGCAUCCCCAUCCUGCAGUACCUUAAAUUUAAAGGCCCAGUGAGGAGAUGGUGAAGAUUUUCCUGAGUUGUCCCUGUCACCCCGAGGACCAGUUCAGCACCAGCAUCCUGAGACACUGGGCGUCCAAUCACGACAACACGCUGAGAGAACGCAUCAAGGCCCAGCUGGUCAAGAAUAGGGAUGCAACGAUUACAAAUUUGAUUGGAGACCUGAAGAGUUAUUACAGUUUUCAACACGACGAGACAGCCAAGCGGUCCACUGUGUCCAACAAAGACGUGACUGUUGGUGUCGCCAAGGAGACCAAGGUGGAAUGGCUCCAACAGCAGGUGGUCCAGAGAAGAGCAAAGAGGAACUCCAGAGCUAGUCAAAUCAAACACCUUCCCACUGCUCAACCUCAGUCCAGCAGCACCCGGAUGCUUCACUAUAAUGAGUCAAUGUGGAACAGCCUGUGGUACAUUCUCUGCAGUGAUGAGUCCAAAGGCUGCCAGUCUCAUAUGAACAUUGCUGGGGCCUGGAGGAGAGGGUAUACUGGGAAGGGUGUGGUGGUGUCUGUCCUAGAUGAUGGCAUUGAGAGAGAGCAUCCGGAUCUGAAGCCAAAUUAUGAUCCUCUCGCCAGUUAUGAUGUGAACGGACAAGACCAAGAUCCCUCUCCAAACUAUUCCAACAAUGCUUCUAACUACCAUGGGACUCAGUGCGCAGGGAUGGUUGCUGCGGCUGCAAAUAACUCUCAGUGCACGGUCGGGGUUUCUUUCCAUGCACGGAUAGGCGGCAUCCGUAUGCUGGAUGGAGAUGUGACAGACAUUGUGGAAGCCCAAUCACUGAGCUUCAGACCACAGUAUAUUGACAUCUACUCCGCUAGCUGGGGGCCAGAAGAUGACGGGGCCACUUUAGGGGGACCCGGGCUUCUGGCUCGUCUUGCUUUACAGAGUGGCAUCAAAACAGGCCGGCAUGGGAGGGGCUCUAUUUUUGUCUGGGCAUCAGGGAACGGAGGGCGAAGAGGUGACCACUGUUCCUGUGAUGGUUACAGCAAUAGUAUCUACACCAUCUCUAUCAGCAGCUGCUCUCAGCAUGGAAGCAAGCCAGAUUACCUGGAGCAGUGCUCCUCCACACUUGCGACAGCUUACACCGGUGGGGAGAAUCAGGAAAUGGUAACGCUGGGUCCACAGAAGAGUUGUAGCCGAUCUAAACCAGAGAGCUCACUCUCCUCCUCAAUGGCAGCAGGUGUCAUCGCUCUUACUUUGGACGCCAACCCUUUGCUCAUCUGGAGGGAUGUACAGCACAUUAUUGUCCGAACAUCAAAAGCUCAUCAUCUUAUUGCUCCUGACUGGCACGUUAAUGGAGCCGGAUACACAGUGAGCCACCUGUAUGGCUUUGGCCUGCUGGAUGCUGAGAGCAUGGUGAAGGAGGCUGAGCGUUGGAAACAAGUCCCCUCACAGCAUGAGUGUGUGGAGGAGACUCCCAUCCAGCUGAGCAGAACUAUUCAUCCAGGCUCGGUGCUGACAUCUGUGUAUGAGAGUGGGGGCUGCUCUAGCAAGCCCCAGCAGCACGUUGUUUAUGUGGAGCAUGUCAUCGUCCGUGUUACCAUCGCUCAUUGUCGUCGCGGUGACCUUUCCAUUACGCUCACGUCACCUUCAGGCACCAUGUCUCAGCUGCUGGCUAACAGGUAA